AUGAGGAGGUAUGGUUUGCAAGGUUACGAUCUUUUGGUCGGCAAAUCCAAAGAAGACCUCGACAAGCUUAACAAAAAGGUCGUUAAAAAGCUCUAUUGGAGAUUUUUAGUCACAAUCACAGCCAUGUUACUGAUGAACUACCUGGACCGUAUUAAUGUCUCCAACGCCCGCCUUGCUGGCAUGCAGGAGGAUGCUGGAAUGACCGAUGUUCAAUGGUCCGCCGGCAUUUCACUCUUCUAUGUCGGUUAUAUUAUCUCUCAAGUCCCAGCAAACAUCAUCAUUGCCAAAGGAAGCCCUCGCAUCUUACUUCCCUGCAUCAUGCUUGGAUGGUCGUGCGUUACAAUCUCGAUGCCCGCCAUCAAGUCCCCUGUCGGUUUCGUGCUAUGCAGAUUCCUGGUCGGUCUUACGGAAGGACCCUUUGUACCCGCUGUGGCUCUCCUCACCUCUUCAUGGUAUACAAAGCAAGAGUCGCCUCUACGCAUGGGCAUCUGGCACGCUGGUAACAUCGUUUCCAACAUUAUCUCUGGCUUCCUUGCAGCCGGGAUUCUAGAACAUAUGAAAGGCGUCGGCGGACUAGCUAGCUGGCGUUGGUUCUUCCUCAUUGAAGGCAUGACAAUCUUUGAAAUAACGUCCGAAUCAAAGCUAACUCAGUCAGGAAUGGUCAGUAUCCUGGUCGCAUGCGUUGGAUUUUGGGGUCUGCCCAACUGGCCCGAUAACACUGGGGAGUACUUCUUCACGGCCGAAGAAAGCCAGAUGGCUCAAUACAGAAUGAAGGUCUCCGCUGGUGGUCAAACCGAGGAUGAUGAGGGCGGCUUCUGGGAGGGCUUCUGCCUGGCCAUGAAAGACCCCUUUACAUGGAUCUUUGCUGGCAUGCACUUUUCACUGGUUCUGGCUCAAGCAUUCAAGGACUUUUUCCCAUCAGUUGUUGCUACCCUCGGCUUUACCUCUACCCAGACAUACCUUGUCCAAGCACCACCAUAUGUCAUCGCGUACUUCGUUACUCUCGCCGUUAGCUGGUCAUCGGGACGCUUCCAGGAGGCAUGCUGGCACAUUGUUGCCUGUAUUCUGACCUGUAUGGCUGGAGCCAUUCUGAUGAUCUCCACCCUCAAUGUGGGAGCUCGAUACUUUGGCCUAAUUCUGUUAUGCUCGGGUCCAUUCGUUGGCCUCAAUCUUCAACUUUCUUGGGAAACGACUGUCGUUCCUCGACCCCGUACCAAGCGUGCAGCGCUCGUUGCAUUCGCCAAUUGUGUCUCCUCCGUCUCCCAUUGGUUCUCGCCAUACUUCUUCCUCCGUUCCCAGGAACCUCGAUACCAGACUGGUGGUGGGAUCGUCAUUGCUGGCUGCGGUUUGACCGUCAUUUUCUGCCUCUUAGGCAAAUGGUGGGCGACCCGCAAGAAUAAAGCCAUCGAGAAGGAAGAGGAACGCACUGGGGUUCUCAAUCCUUGGCGAUUUGCUACAUGA